GAACACUGCAUACUGCCAAUUGUAACAAGGUGAUCCCUCGUGUUUGUGUAUUACUUUGUUCGCGCAGUGUCACCAGGUUAUUGGUUCCCUGAAUGGAUAUAACAUAUUGAGGUUCAAAGCCAGCUUCACACAUUGACGUCUAAUUAACGUCAAUUGGCAACUGCUUUCAGAAGUAAGCUCGAUGAAAUGACAGCUGUUGCACUAAGGAGUGUCAAAGGUACCAUGGAGAUACACCUGUCGACCGUGUUGCAUCUUGUCAGCAUCCUGACCUCCAUUGAAUGUGUGGACUUUACGAGCAACCCAGCAAACCAAACGGUAGUGGAGGGAAGAAGUGUACGGUUAUCCUGUGGCUCGUCCUAUGCCACCUCAAACACAUGUAGUUCGUACUUGCUGUCUUGGUUUUACAGACCCAGUGGUACCAGUCCUGUCAGCAGAGUGGCUGACUGCGAUGAGGUGUACACUCCCUUCAAUCGGCGCUCGAUAACAGCUGGCGUUGACAGGCUAUAUUAUCAUCUUGAUAUCCCUGACGUUCAGCCAAUAGACAGUGGCCAAUAUUGGUGCAAUCUGUAUUUCAGCCCAGGUAGUAUCCACAACAGGGUAUCUGCAAUGGCUUGGUUGACAGUAAACCCACCCCUACCCAGAUUCUCCCCAUCAUGUGAGGUACAGCCCCAGCAGACCAGCGUCGGCACUGAAAUAUCCUUGACGUGCACUCUCAAUGAAAAUGACCCAAUCAGUUUCUUGACUUGGUACGAGGCUAAGACAGAGAAUGAACAGCUUGCAAUUUCAUCGCAAAAAACGCAGCCAGGGCAGACAUACACGAUACAACGAGUCUUGCGACCGACUGAUAACAUGCAGGAAUUCACCUGUACUGCUGGACCUCACACCAAUGGACCGAGCUGCAACCUGACGCCUCUUCAAAUACAACCCCAUAUUACCAUCGCGCCUCCCUACCUGACUCUCUAUGAACGAGAUAGGGCGGUGUUCACCUGCAACUUGGAGGCGAUUCCCCCUGCCACUCCUGAAAUGUUUGGCUGGAUGGUUUAUCUGGAGGGCUCAUGGGUAGAUGUAACACCAGACAGUCCCGACCACCAGUUUGAAUUGUCAUCUGGAAGACAAAUUCUCGAGAUCCAGCAAGUUACGGUCGAUGAGUUUGACAAGGCUAGGAUAAGAUGCAUUGUAUUGCUGUACGGAGACCAAUACCUGAGUGCCAAUGACUCUUUCUUGACAGUUUUACCGUCUGAAAACAAAUCACCAGAAACUGGUCCAAAUGACGACGCGUCUCAGGGACCUUCGGCAGAAGGGAUCGUGGGAGGCACCAUAGCAGUCGUCUUGUCUCUUGUCGGCAUAGUUUUCCUUCUCAUCUAUUGGGUUAAGAUUAAGCGAACCCAUCCAGAAAAGGCGGUGGGCAAUCAGAUAGAGAUGCCAGGCAGGACAAAUCAGCUUCAUGACGGUACUACAGAACCCGGGAAUUCCCCUACAUAUGAAAACAUCCUGCUAGACAACGAGCAACCUCCCGAACCUCAACACGGUACUGCGACAAAUGAAAACCCGGCGGAUACAGAAGGGGUCAUGUAUUCUCUUGCGGGUCACACAGGGAGCGGUAGGAUCCGGAGAUACAAAGUACCGAUCUCGACCAUCGAAAAAGACGCCGAGUCACCGGCGGUCAAUGCACACGCCUCGGGGCCAGCUUUAGACAACAGUGAGCAGGUGAUUUAUGCCAUGCCCUUCGAAGACGAAGAAACGCCCACUGCAUCUGGGUUGGACGCUGAUGCUACCAGUUGCAGCAGAGCAUCAGAGGGUGAUGGGACUACAGAGAACAGCAAGCAGCCUCCCGAACCCCAAAACGGCACUGCGACAAAUGAAAACCCGGCGGAUACAGAAGGGGUCAUGUAUUCUCUUGCGGGUCAUACAGGGAGCGGUAGGAUACGGAGAUACAAAGUACCGAUCUCGACCAUCGAAAAAGACGCCGAGUCACCGGCGGUCAACGCAGACGCCUCGGGGCCAGCUGUAGACAACAGUGGGCAGGUGAUUUAUGCCAUGCCCUUCGAAGACGAAGAAAUGCCCACUGCAUCUGGGUCGGACGCGGAGGCUCCGAGUGGCAGCAGAGCAUCAGAGAGAAUUGGGACUACAGAGAGCGCUGCAGCGGAGGGCGAGCAAACUAUGGCAGCAGGGGGCGCCCUCUAUGCUGACCUGGACGUAGAUGACCCUUCGGGAGCAAGGACAAGGCGCGAACAAGAGGCUCCACCUGCUGCAACAUACGGGGAGAUAGUGUACGCUGAAAUACACAAUGUCCCAUAGAGAAGAACUGUGUGUUGACGUAUUUUAACACAUUGAACUAUAUGCCCCUAAGAUAUGCUAUUU